GAUGUGAAUGCGCGUUGUAUUGAUGAGGAUCAUCUGUACAGGUGCGAGUGCAAUAAGCCAUAUGUGAACGCGGCUCCAAAAGACAAAUUACCCGGUUCAGUGUGUCGUCUCGACUAUUGUUCAGAUGUUAACUUCUGUCCGGCGAACACAACUUGCAAGAAUUUGGAGGAUCAGGCCGUUUGUGGCUGUCUGCCUGGAUAUGUUGAUAUUCGUAAGAGUGAGCGGCGUUUGGAAGCCGGUUUCGACGAGGAUACGUAUUGCUUGAAGGCG